AAUACACCAAACCAAUUUAACCGACCCCAAUCGACUCGGUUAGGACCCGAACUACCCGGUCACGAGCACCCACCCCUAAAAUACCUCCGCUGGUCGCCGAGGGUUGCUGUCGCCGAUACUCUCCCAUAAUCAGCUGUCCUGAUUUGUGUGUUCUCGUCCUUGAUCAUUCACUGUUCGUUCUGCUCAUGUUUCAGGAGUUUCGCUAGAAGCAAGAGUGAUAUCUUUUUGUUUGAAGGUGCAUCUCAAAUGCGUGAGGUAGUAGAAAUUUCGGAUGACGAGGAUUCUUUCGCGGUAGAAAAUGAUCUCGGACCCAAAGAAGAGAGCUUCAAUUUUGAUAUACCCGUGACGAAUACACACUUGAGGCCUGGGGAGGACAAUGUGGCAAGCUCAUCAGGAAUCAGCUUGAGAUCAUCAUUCAUAGGAAUGGGAUUCUCAUCAUCUCUUGUUGACAAAGCAAUUGAGGAAAUUGGUGACGGAAAUGCUGAGUUAUUACUGGAGUUUCUGUUUAAAUAUUCAGGUCUGCAACAACCAAAGGUAGAAAAUUUUGAUGCAGGUUUUUUCAAUGAAGGUAAUGAUGAUUUAGCUGGAAAUCUUCGUGUAAAAGAGGAAUUUGAGGUUUGCAGAGGAUUAACCGACGAGAAAAUGGAAACACUGCUGAAGAUGAAUUUUUCUUUCCAUGAAGUUGGGUUUGCAAUGAAUAGACUUGGUAAAUGUGCUUCUAUUGGUCAAUUGAUGGACUUUAUUUUUGCUGCACGAAUGGCUAAAAAGUAUGAAAAAGAUGCAAACAAUCCGCUUCUUGAAAAUGCGGAAAGUGUAAAGGUUUGCAACAAUGAGACCUUGUUUUGCAUUAUGGAUAAGACACUUCAAUUGCUUGAAAUGGGCUUCAGCGAAAUUGAAAUCUCAGCAGCUUUUGAGAAAUGUGGUUCAGAAGCACUUCUGUCAGAACUUGCUGAGUCGAUUGUUGCUGGUGAAGCUUAUCCUAUAGCAGAUCAGUGCUCCUCAACAUCUUUAAGCAAUAUCACUGUCCAGAGAAAGUAUCAGUCUUUGAAAAGAGAUAUGGGAAACAGUGUAGCUCAUCAACCAUUUGACUCCUUCAUUUUAAAAACUGAGUACAGUUCAGACGUAGCACCUCAAGUGGGGACUUCUGAUUUUCCUGCAAAUUUGAAAGGCAAGAGGCCCAGAGAAGAAUUGAAAGAUGAACCAAGAAAUUGGAAGAAGCCAAAGGAAGAAUUUGUGGAAGAUGCAUGCAACUCUGUUGGCCGAAGUCGACUGGAAUCAAGAAGUGGACAUCUGAUCUCAAAAAGGAAUCAAACGGCAGCCUUGCAGAGGCAGGUUAGCCUUCUGGGAAAUCUUGAAGAUGACAUAAAGCCCCCAGUGUUCAAACUGAACCCUAGCAGGAGUAUGACAAGUGUGGCGACUAAACCCCCUUAUUUCGUUUUUGGAAACAUCACAAAUUUGGCUCAUGAUUCUUGGAUCAAGAUAUCUAAAUAUUUGUAUUCUGUUCAGCCAGAGUUUGUGAAUACAAAAUUUUACUCAGCCUUGAGCAGGAAUGAGGGCUAUGUGCACAAUCUCCCUGCUGAGGAUAGGUUUCAUGUUCUCCCAAAGGGUCCAAUGACUAUUGAAGAAGCUCUGCCACAUACCAGAAAAUGGUGGCCGUCAUGGGAUAAUAGGAAGCAGCUAAGUUACAUCAAUUGUGACACAAGUGGGAUAUCGCAUGUAUGUGAGAGGCUGGGGAGAAUGCUGGCUGAUUGCAAGGGGAUACCAUCUCCGGAGGAGCAGAGAGAAAUUCUCAGGCAGUGUGAGGCAAAGAAUCUUGUCUGGGUAGGAAAUAUUAAGUUGGCUCCAGUGGAUCCUGAGCAUCUUGAGCGUAUCCUGGGCUAUCCGUUGCACCACACUCGGGUUGCGGCGAUGGGCUUGCCAGAAAGACUCGAAGCACUCAAGUUCUCUUUUCAAACCGAUACCUUGGGGUACAGCCUCUCUGUCCUAAGGCCAUUGUUCCCUGGAGGUGUAACUGUGCUGUCUUUCUUCAGUGGAAUAGGUGGAGCUGAAGUUGCUCUACAGCGGCUGGGCAUUCGGCUGAAGGCUGUGGUGUCUGUGGAGCCGAGUGAAACGAAGCGCAGGAUCGUGAAACAGUGGUGGGGGAAGAGCCAGCAGAGUGGAGAGCUGAUUCAGAUUGAGAGUGUUUUCAAAUUAUCUGGCAACACACUAGAGAAUCUGCUUAAAAAGUUUGGUGGUUUUGAUAUAAUGAUUUGUCAGAGCCCAUGUUCAGGUGAUGGGAGCUUAGAUUUUUCAACGUUUGUUGAGUGUGUCCGAGUUCUGCAGCGUGUGAGGUCAAGAAUGGAGAGUAAUGGAUGAGUUGUCCGUUUCUUUGAUGCGACUCUGAAUUUCUUCAGUUCUGUAACUGGUAAAUGUAGUACUAUAUAGUUUCACUGCCACAUUUAGCCAUUUCGGCAACAUGCUUUUGGUAUGUAAGAAAACAAAUCUUUAAUGACGAUUGUUUCUUGGAACUUAAUCGACACCGAGGAUGUAUUUGGAUUCCAUUUCAA